AUGAACCUGGGCCUGGCAAGCAAGCCGUUGGUAGCCAAGCCCCAAGGAUGCAAGGAUUCGCGCUCCGGAGAUGGCCUCCUGUUCCCAGUGCCGGGGGAUGCGCUGACUAACCAUCUCUGGCUGGAUCAUCGUGACAAGGCAAGGUCUGGGACGCUACGGGGAGAGAGAUAUGAUAUAGAGUUCAAGUGGGAUAUCAGUAAUGAGAUGCCAGGUAAGAAAAGACACGAUGACCUGCACAGAAUACGCGUGUACAGGCGGAGCAUUUGA